UUUAAAGCAAAAGAAAUUAUAAUAAUAUUAAAUUUCAUAAUCUUUUCAAUACACAGUGCUUGCUGCUUACAGUCUCUGCUCGUCCCCUGGAUCGAGGAACAAGGAGAGAUUCGAAAGCGAGUGUGCAAAGCAAAGGUCCCAAGCGACAAAGAUUGAAGAAUAGAUCAGCGUCUGAUUUGUUUUCGCAACCGUACGAACUACCGCUGAUUUGUUUUACUGUUACGGUUUCCGUCCAAAGUGGGAAAGCAUCUCGAUUAACUCUGCUUUUAUUCUCGGUAUCCCGCUGCACUUUAUCUUCUCUUGCAAGUCUCAAUAAACGUCACAAAAUUAAUCACUCGCUUGCUUGUUGAGGAUGGAAAAACACCAUCCCAAAGUUAAGCAUCUUUCCUGCUCCUCCUGAGGUUUAAGUUACACAUUAAAGGACCCCCAUAGCGGUCUGUGAUCCUCCGUUUUCUCCAUGCAUUUCUCAGCUGGGGCUUCAUCGAAUUCUUGGCAGCCGGUGGUGCUUUCUGAUUCCACAGAGGCUUACUAUUGGUUGAAGUGGAGAGUGCUGCUGUGCGCCCUUUGGGUGCUGGCUUCCGUGCUCGCAGCAUCCAUUUUGAUCUGGAAAUUUGAAGGUUCAAAAACAGAGGGAGAGACCAGAGAAGGAUUCCGCUGCAACAAGGAUGAGCUAUGGCGGCCUUGUCUGCCGGAGAUACAUCCCGCGUGGUUGCUGCUCUUCCGCCUCACCGCCUUUGUCAUACUUCUGGCGUUCCUUAUCAUCAAUGCCAUUGUGGAUGGUGCCGGAAUCUUCUAUUACUACACUCAGUGGACAUUCAUGCUGGUUACCAUUUAUUUUUUGCUUGGCUCAUUGAUGUCUGCCUAUGGGUGCAAACAUCUCAAGGCAAAUAGUGAGGAUAAAGUGAGAUUGGAUGCAGAGGCUAGAACAUAUGCAGCCCCUGUGAAUGGAACAGUUGGGUGUUGGGGGACUUUGUUUCAGAUAAUAUUUCAGACUAGUGCAGGUGCAGUGAUGCUGACUGACUUCGUCUUUUGGUUCAUUCUAUUCCCUUUCCUCGCCAUCAAAGAUUAUAGUCUAAAUUUCGUACUGGUUGGUAUGCACUCAGUGAAUGUAGUCUUCCUCCUCGGUGACACUGCCUUGAAUAGCUUGAGUUUUCCCUGGUUCCGGAUUGCAUACUUCCUACUGUGGACAGCAGUCUAUGUUCUUUUCCAGUGGGUGAUCCAUGCCUGUAUCAAUAUCUGGUGGCCAUACCCAUUUCUUGAUCUAUCUUCCCCUUAUGCAGCUCUAUGGUAUUUUUUGGUGGCAAUGAUGCACAUCCCUUGCUAUGCUGCGUUUGGGUUGAUCGUAAAGAUGAAGCAUGUUCUACUCUCUAGAUGGUUUCCCGAAUCGUAUUCUUCAUCUCUCGAAUAACUGUGGAUGAAUACUCGAUAGGCAAUUCGCCUUCCGAUCAAUUAUUCGGAGAAAAGAAGCAGCUGCUUUGUUCAUAUGUAUUUUUUUCCGACAGUGGUUACUCAUGGCAUUGGGCAGGCAGUAGAGCAGGAAACGGUUCUACCCAAAGAUAUUGACAGUUGAGGAAACAAUGAGAGCCUUAUACUAUUGUAAAAUUUUCUUUUGAUUAUAUUGUAAAUUUUACUGACAACUUAAUUGCGUUCAUAUCGAUUCUUUGAAUCCA